AUGACUGACCUUAUUUUCCUCUUGUUCGUUUCUCUGGUCUCAGCGACAACAUACAGACUUACCGUUUUUGCACCCGGUACGGUGGUAGAUGGUGCCGACAUCGAUGCCGCUGGUAGUGGCUUCUACCUCGGCCUCUCCGAGCCUGCCACAUACUGUCCAGUUGGAGAUGCUUGUCCCGCUCCUCGUGGAACUCUUGUUUACCAAGGAAUGUCAGCUAUGGCGGUUGAGGUCCCAGGGGGCCAAGACAUCUAUAUUGCUCCGCACGGCCAAGUCCAGUUCACCCAAGCCCACUCGGCCUACAUGCCUCCGGGAUCGCUCACUGGCGGAUGGUUCAACAAGACCGUGGUAUCCGAGUGUGGUCCGAGAACACAUGUUCUGGACUUUCUUGCCACCAAUGGUACUGAUCUGGGCGGCGUCUACCUCUGCCCAAACGUUGAGGAUUACAUGAAAGGAACUGGCGCAAGCUAUCGACUGUACACAAAUACACCACAGUUCAAUGAGACUAAUUGCGUCCAGGCUGUUGGUCUUGUCGAGCAUGAGAUCGAUGCUGCCUUUGGUGCGUGGCAGUACACUUGA